AUGUUAUCCCCCAGCUCUGAAUUUGAUCUGAUUAUCCGCCAGCAGCCGUCGCGGGCGCGCGUGGCUGGUGGGAAGGAGAAAGAACGUAAGCCUGUUGAUCCGCCGCCGAUUGUGCAGAUCCGGGUCAAAGAGGAAGGAACCUAUCUCGCGCAGCACUACCUCCAGAGUCCGUAUUAUUUCAUGUGCUGCAGCCUCUAUGACUCCUCAGACGAUUCUCCAGUUCCCGUUUCCCCGUCCACCACUCUGACGGGGACUCUGGUGUCGUCUUUGCACCGUCUGAAGGAUGUGGAUAACACCGAUGGAGGGUUCUUCGUUUUUGGUGAUUUGUCGAUCAAAAUCGAAGGCGACUUCCGGCUCAAGUUCACUCUCUUCGAAAUGCGCAAGGAAGUUGUGACGUACCUGAAAUCGACCAUCUCGGAUCGCUUCACCGUGUCACCCCCCAAGAGUUUUCCUGGGAUGGCGGAAUCAACGUUUCUGUCGCGCUCGUUUGCCGAUCAAGGCGUUAAACUGCGCAUUCGAAAGGAGCCGCGGACGCUGAUCAAACGGACCAUCCCUCGGACAGAGGAAUACCCUCAGGCGGUACCUAGGUCGCCGGAUCGCUCGUCGAUGCAAAUGCCUGGGGCUACUUAUAGCGGGUAUCCAGCCGCAGGGCGAGACUACACGUACUACAGCGGACCAGUCAAGCGCCAGCGCACGUCGGUUGACUUUGGGAGUCGCGGUCUUUACGAUAGUGACGGGCGUAUGCGCCAGAUGGACGCCUACCCGCAGACUACGGCAAUGUAUCCAAAUCAACCAGGGGCCUACCCCACGUCUAUGAUGCCGGGGUAUGCCACAGGGCACACCGGCGUUCCAGAUUAUACGAUGCCAUACGGGCUAUCACCGGCACAAGUACCUCAGAUGCAGGAUCCGGGGGUACAACAUCGCUCCAGUCAACAGGCCACGAUGCAGUCGCUUGGGAUGGUGAACCCGUCAGACACACCGGCAGCAGAUUCGACAGGCGCGAUGAUGCAGGGCUAUCCUCGAUCGCAGUACCAAGCGGGUUCCACGAUCCUUCCUCCGUUACAACGAAAUCGCAACUACCCCCAGGGGACCAAUGGCUCGACGGCGCGAGGAUACUUCGAUCAAUCUUCUCAAGCGGCGACUCCCAUCCUUCCAUCGCAGCCCAUGGGCAACGAGGCAGAGCGGUAUGCUCAGGGUCAAACUUUCGAUCCUCCGGGCUCAUCGAACGGAACAACACCCCGCUGA